GUCUGAAACGAGCCACAGCAUGCAUAAAGGCGAACAUGUGUGAUUGAGUCUAGAAUCGCAUUGCCAAACCCGGUCGAAAUGUCGUCGAUCUUGCUGCCAGAGAGGUGUUUGACCAAAGCCCAAAGGACUCUGCGCCUCAGGCACUCUCGCACUAUACCCAAAACUAAUUGAAGCGACACGUAAAAAGUUCGCCUUCAAGUCGCCUGUUCGAAUAUGGCUUGUGAUGGUGCGGUGCGGGAGGUGCUACCGCAUCACCCGCAAUCUGCUUCAUUGUUCUCUCCCCACCCGCUAGGCCUGCCAAUGAGGUGUCCUCGUUGCUGAACGCCUUCAGAUAGGAGUGGCGAGAGCGCCUCGUUGUUAUGUGGUCGCUCCUGUCGAUACCUGAUGUGUUGGACAGCAACAGCAUCCAUAAUCACCUUGAUCAUCAAUUGAAUCCAAAGGUGUGGAAAGUCCAUGAUCCCUUGCAGAUACUAUGCAUGUCGACUGCUUGUGAUGCAUAUGCAUUGCUGGGAGAUAAUCGAUGCAUCUAGGCUCCUUCGCACCGACUGGCGAAACACUCUAAUAGUCGAGAUAAUACAAAUGACUCAAGACACAAAAAUUGGUGUCCAUGACGGAAGCACGGUUGUGUCAGCGAGUGCUCCAAAUGGAUACAGUCCCAUCAAAGUGCGUCAUGGACCAUAUCCCUGGGCGAAUUAUUCUGCUGCUGUGGGCAUUGGUGUUGCUCGAUGUCGUCAAAGCCAUCCGCAGAAGCCGUCGUGGUCCAAUCUGCCUUCGCGGCCGUUGCCGAAGAACCUUGAAAUCACUCAGUGCUCCACAACCGCACCUGCUCUGGCAACGUCUUCCUUGGCGAUGCUGUGCCAGCCCUGGGGGCCAAUUGGUCUAGCUGAAAGCAGCCAACGAGAGGCUGAGGGUCGAACACGUUUCCUGUCAUUAUCGCGAACCUGGAAGCUUCAGAGAGCACAACCGCAGCGUAGGGAAGGAGCACGAUGCCAAGAGAAGCUUCACACCUCUCUACCUAACGUCAUAGCCUUUGGGUGGUGCGUUGCGCGGGGGCACAGCUGCUUCUUCAGGCGCCCUCCAGCAGCCGCAGCGUCCUUGGCUUGCGAUUAA